AUAGUCUUGCAUAGAAUGCCUUGAGACAACGAAAGAAAGCAAAGGUGGGAAUUGAUUCUAACCUGAAUUCUAUUGAGAAAUCAAUCUCUUCCUUCAUACUAAAAGAAUGCAUGAGAAUCUCUUCUUCUUCUUCUCUCUCUAUAUCUAUGAGAAAGAAACCUGCCUAGAAUCUGUCAACAGUGCCUCCAUAUUUAUCUACAAGGCUUUUGAUCACCUUCCAAGUAUUGAAUCUUUCCACUGUUUCAACUCUACACUUAAUUUCUUCAAGUGGGUUGGUUGGUGUUUUGGAUCAAUCCUUUGGUUUUCAUUGCUUAAGUGGGUGAUCUCAAAGGGAGCAAAGGAUGCCACUUUUGCUCCAUGGAACCCUUUAUGUCACAAUAUUUGAAGUUGACAAUUUACAAAAUGGCUGUGGUUUCAGUUUCUUCACCAAGGUAAAGGGUGCUGGACAACAAAAUUGUGGGAAAAAAUUUCUGUCCAAAGUCAAGAGAAUGGUGCUCUGCAGGCCAGAGAUUGUUGGUUCUAGACUCUAUGCAACAGUUGAUCUAGACAAGGCAAGGUCUGGAAGAACUAGAAUGAUUGACAAUCAACCUUAUAAUCCCCAGUGGUACGAGUCCUUCAACAUAUACUGUGCCCAUUUGAUCUCAAACGUAAUCUUCACAGUAAAAGAUGACCAAGUUGUCGGGGCAACUCUGAUUGGAAGAGCUUACAUUCCUGUUGAAGAUGUCAUCAAAGGAUACAUUGUUGACAGAUGGGUAGAUAUACUAGAUGAAGAUCACAAUCCCAUUGGUUCUAAGAUCCAUGUUAAGCUGCAUUUCGUGAGUUGUACCCAUGACAGUAAUUGGUCCAAGGGAAUCCAAAAUCCACGCUUUGAUGGAGUUCCUUACACAUUCUUCAAUCAACGACAGGGUUGUCGGGUUACUCUAUAUCAGGAUGCUCAUGUUCCUAACAAUUUUAAUGUUAAAAUUCCUAUUGAAGGUAAGACCUAUGAAGCUCACAGAUGUUGGGAAGACAUAUUUGAUGCCAUUACUAAUGCCAAGCACCUGAUUUACAUAACUGGGUGGUCUGUGUACACUGAGAUAACUUUGGUUAGAGAUCCCCAGAGGCCAAAACCUGGAGGUGACAUUAAACUUGGGGAGCUGCUCAAGAAGAAAGCUGAUGAAGGUGUGAAAGUUCUUGUGCUGAUUUGGGAUGACAGAACUUCCGUUCAGGAACUGAAGAAGGAUGGCUUAAUGGCAACCCAUGAUGAAGAAACUGAAAAAUAUUUCAGGAACACGAAAGUUCAUUGCUUUUUGUGCCCUCGGAAUCCUGACAAUGGAAGAAGCAUAAUUCAGGGAUUUGAGAUCUCCACCAUGUUUACUCACCACCAGAAGACAGUGGUUGUUGAUUGUGAAAUGCCUGAUGGUACAUCACAGAAAAGGAGAAUUGUGAGUUUCGUUGGAGGCAUUGAUCUUUGCGAUGGGAGGUACGAUACGCAAGAUCAUCCUCUAUUCAAGACCUUGGACACAAUUCAUCAUGAUGAUUUUCAUCAACCCAACUUUCCAGGCUCCUCCAUCAAGAAAGGAGGUCCAAGAGAGCCUUGGCAUGAUAUUCAUUGCAAGCUUGAAGGACCUGUCGCAUGGGAUGUCCUCUAUAAUUUCGAGCAGAGAUGGAAGAAGCAAGUUGGGGAACGUUUCUUAAUUCCACAGCAACAGCUGGAAGUUUAUACAAUCCGUCCAUUGCCAGUGCUGCAAUCAUCUGACCCAGAUGCAUGGAAUGUCCAGUUGUUCCGUUCCAUUGAUGGUGGAGCUGUUGUCGGCUUCCCUGAGAAACCUGAGGACGUAGCUGCAGCUGGCCUUGUUAGUGGGAAGGACAACAUCAUUGACAGAAGCAUUCAAGAUGCUUAUAUCAACGCCAUUCGGCGGGCAAAGAAUUUUAUCUACAUCGAAAAUCAGUAUUUCCUGGGAAGCUCAUUUGGUUGGAAAUCAAAAGAUAUCAAGGUCGAGGAUAUCAAUGCCUUGCAUCUCAUCCCAAAGGAACUCUCGCUGAAGAUAGCUAGCAAGAUAGACGCAGGAGAAAGAUUUACUGUCUACAUUGUGAUCCCAAUGUGGCCAGAAGGUAUACCUGAGACUGAUUCUGUUCAGGCGAUACUAGAUUGGCAAAGAAGAACAAUGGAGAUGAUGUAUUCUGAUAUUGCUGAGGCUCUUAAAAGGAAUGGACUUAAACAUCACCCAAGAGAGUAUUUGUCUUUUUUCUGCCUUGGGAACAGGGAGACAAUGAAGUUAGGUGAAUAUUCGCAUCCAGAAGCACCAGACCCUGAUUCGGAUUACAGUAGAGCUCAGCAGGCCCGUCGCUUCAUGAUCUAUGUUCAUGCAAAGAUGAUGAUAGUUGAUGAUGAGUACAUAAUCAUUGGAUCCGCGAACAUCAACCAGAGGUCAAUGGAUGGUGCUAGGGACUCUGAAAUAGCAAUGGGAGCAUACCAACCACACCAUUUGGCAACCACACAGCCAGCCAGGGGUCAGAUAUAUAGUUUCAGAUUGGCACUGUGGUAUGAACACCUUGGAUUCAUUGAUCCAUCCUUCGUACAUCCUGAAAGUGUUGAGUGUAUCCAAUUAGUGAACAAGACUGCUGAUGAACUCUGGGAAAUUUAUGCAAGUGAAGCUUUUGACCAGGAUUUCAUAGGCCACUUGCUUCGCUAUCCCAUUGAAGUGACCAGAGAUGGAGCUGUUACCACCAUGCCAGGAACAGAGCAUUUCCCUGACACCAAGGCUCCAAUCCUAGGCACCAAGUCUGAAUACCUUCCUCCAAUCCUCACCACCUAGUUUUAUCAAUAUCACAAAUUGUAAUAAUAUGUAUUAAUUCCUACAUUAUUGAAUGGAUUAUCCCUCAACAUUAUAAGUGGAAAUUCCCUUUUUUAUUCCA